UAUCAUAACCUAGAACUGAUAAAUACCUGGUUUCAGCAACAUGCCAAAAAACUGUACAUAGGAAUAUCACCAGAUGGCAAAACAAAGAAUCAGAUAGAUUACUUUGCAAUACCAUACAGAUGGAAAACAUUUGUGAAAAAUUGUAAAACAUAUACAGGUGCAGACUGUGAUACAGACCAUAACCUGCUUGUAGCUACUCUCAAAUUUAAAGUCAAGAAAAAAGCAAAAACG